UUAUUUCUUUGCCGCAGAACAAAUGUCGGAACUCGUACACAACAGCCGAAUUCUUUCCUUAUAAAAAGCCUUCUCUGUUGGCCUUCAACAAGCUCUAGAGAGAGAAACUAGCAAGGAGUUCUGAGUUUUUUUAUAGAGAGAGAGAGAGAGAGAGAGAGAGAUGGGAGGAUGUGCGACUAAACCGAAGGUCUUGAAGGAGGCGUCGGCUCCGGAGCCGGUGAAGGAGGAGAAAGCCGGUGCAGCUGAAGAACCGGUUAAGAACGAGAAGGAGGCGGCUGUUGUUGUCGUCAGCGUUAACGAGGAGGAGGCUGAGAAGACUGAUAAGAAGGAGGAAGACGACGAUGAUCAUAAGGUCAAGGAGAUUGUUGAUGAUGACAGAGUUGACGACCAAGAUAUCAAGCGCCGUUCUCUCAGCCACUUGUUCAAGGAGAAUGAAGAAGGGAAGGACUCAACUGAUGGUAAACCUGCAGUGGAGCCAGUACUAAAACAAGAAGAAUUAUCAGUGACAAAAGAACCAACAGAUGAAUCUGAGACCAAGCUUUCGGAGGUUGAGAAAUCUGAAAUUUUGGUAGAACAGACCGCCGUCCCUGAAGAUGAUGCCCUCGAGAAGGCCGCCGAAACAGAGAAAACAACUGAAACGGCACCAGCUGCAGAGGACAAAACUGAUGAAACAUCCGAGGACAAGAAAACAGAACACCCAGAUGUUGCUGAUGCUCCUAAUGAGGCUGAAACCCAAACCAACGAGAAAACAGAAGAGAAGGCCGAAACACAGGCAGCUGCAGAGAACAAAACUUAUGAAACAUCCGAGGACAAGAAAACGGAAGACCCAAAUGUUGCUGAUGCUCCUAAGGAGGCUGAAACCCAAACCAACGAGAAAACAGAAGAGAAGGCCGAAACACUGGCAGCUGCAGAGGACAAAACUGAUGAAACAUCCGAGGACAAGAAAACAGAAGACCCAGAUGUUGCCAAUGCUCCUAAGGAGGCUGAAACCCAAACCAACGAGAAAACAGAAGAGAAGGCCGAAACACAGGAAGCACUUGAAACUAAAGCAGCUACAGAGGCAAAAAACGAUGAUGCAUCUGAAGAAAAGAAAACAGAAGAGAAGGGGAGUGUUGAAGAAAAAGCCAAUGUGUGAUGGAAAAGGUCUUCUUGGCACGAUAAUAGGCGAAAGGCGACAAUGCAUUUGCCUCUUUAUUCUACAGGGAAGGCUGCCUAGCGAUCGCAUGAUCACAAAUAAAGAUAAGUUCAUUGGUGCAUAUGGCAACCUAUUUAGAGGCGCUGUUUGGAGUUGUUUCUUUUCCUUUUAUUACAUGUCAUUCUUCUUUCCUCAGUUCUUUUCCUCCCCAUCUGUUUUCUUUUUCUUUUUUCUUGUUCUUUUUUUUGGUUCUUUCGUUUUAUCUUUUCUGCAUGUAGACAUAGAUGGGUAAUACUUUGUAGAGGUCUGCUUGUCUUCCUAUAAAAGGAAUGCUGUUUAAGUUUUUGCUAGCGAA